GCAAGCCUAUAAAAUAGGCCAUGAAACAGCUGCACUUUGCUAGUUUUCAAGAUGCGUCCAACCAACUCGCAAUUCUAUAGUGCACUGACAAAGUUUACGGCUCUUAACGGGCUGAACACUUACUAUUUCAACUCAAAGAAGAAUGGAUUUCACGGCACCUGGAAGUUAAAGAUGUACUGUCUGAUCCACCAUGUACUCUGCGUUUUGGCUUUGGGACAUAUGUUUUAUGACUCGGCUGGCAGUAUGCGAUUAAGUGUCACCAUUCUUACGCUGGGCGGAACUACUGUCUUCUGUAUGCAGUCAUGCUGGGAAAAAAGUCAAGGACUGCGAAAGUUUGCCAAUGGUCUUAUACAAAUGGAGCAGAAAUACUUUACGGGAAAGCCCAGCGGAUCGAAUUUAAGAAACCGAUUUUACAUGAAAAUGUUGUUUGUGGUGGUGACCCUAAUAAGGAUCCAUGUUUUGUAUCCCAUCUAUCUGAGGCGACUGCUUCCCGAACAUUUGUAUCUCAAUGUGGGAUCUUGUUGGCUACUCUACAACAUGAUGCUAGCUGCUGUCCUUGGAUUCUACUGUUCUCUUUGGCAGAUUUGUCGAAUCCAUAAGCUGAUAAAUGAUCAGAUGACGUUGAUUUUAACUAAAUCGAGACAGAUUAAUCGCGUGAGGAAGAUGGCACACUGCCUCAAACUCUAUUCUGAAGUUCUGGAGCUUUGUGACCAAUUCAACUACGAAUAUGGACAUAUUUCGGUGUGCGUUUUGGCCUGCAAGAGUUGGUUUCAGAUAACCUAUGGUUACGAGAUAUUCCAAAUCGUGGCUGCCCCAAAAUCUUUAGACUUGAGCCUGCCCAUGAGAGUGUUUGUGGUUUUCAGCUACAUUUUGGAUGCUUUAAAUCUGUUCUUUGGAACUGACAUCGCUGAAUUGUUUGCCACGUUAAGAGCAGACUCAAGACGCAUUCUACGAGAGACAUACCGAAUGGAUCGAUUGCUCUCAAUGUUCACCUUGAAGCUGGCCCUGCAUCCCAAUCGGGUCUUCUUACUCAACCUGUUUAGCUUUGACCGAAAACUGACUCUGGCACUCAUUGCCAAGUCGACUUUGUACACAAUCUGCUGGUUGCAAGACGACUACAAAAAACUCAAGCCAUAGACCGUCGAAGCUUCUUUCAGACCAAAUCCUUCGAUUCAAAGAGUUUAUCAUACCAUGCACAAGAGUUUUUCUGGCGUGUCAGCACAAAGCAAAAACCAAGGCACAUGCACAACUUCAACCAAUACAAACAUUUACAUAUAUGUAUUCAGU